GUUUGGCCCGCGUUGGCACACUCGCUUCCCUGAAUGCUAAUAGGGCUCCUCUGCUCUCCUUUCCGCCGGCCCGGCAGCCCCUCCACCGACCCACAGCGGCACCGAGUGGGAUCAGAGAGCGUCAGCGUGUCCCUGAGCACUCCCUAAGAGAGCACACAUGCCGGGGCCGCCUGGUUGUCCCACUUUUGUUCUCGGGAUCUGUACUGAUGGUCACCCUGUGAUCCUGAGACUGUCGGUGUCAGCAGCAAGGCUGUGGGAAUAUGCUGAGGGCGUCAGUGAGCGAGACAUCCUGCUCAUCCACUCUUGCCGCCAGUGGACAACGGUGACAGCUCAUACCCUGGAAGAGGGCCACUAUGUCAUAGGGCCCAAGAUCGACAUCCCCCUGCAAUACCCAGGGAAGUUCAAGCUCUUGGAGCAGGCCCGGGAUGUGCGGGAGCCGGUGAGAUACUUCAGCAGCGUGGAGGAGGUGGCCAGUGUCUUCCCUGACCGCAUCUUUGUGAUGGAAGCCAUUACUUUCAGCGUCAAGGUGGUGUCGGGCGAGUUCAGCGAGGACAGCGAGGUGUACAACUUCACACUGCACGCGGGCGACGAGCUCACCCUCAUGGGCCAGGCGGAAAUUCUGUGCGCCAAGACCACCAAGGAGCGGUCGCGCUUUACCACGCUGCUGCGAAAGCUGGGCCGCGCCGGGGCGCUGGCCGGGGUGGGCGGUCCAGGGAGCGCGGGAGCUGCGGGCGGCGGUGGGGGUGCCAGGCCCAUCAAAGGCAAGAUGCCCUGCCUCAUCUGCAUGAAUCACCGCACCAACGAGAGCCUGAGCCUGCCUUUCCAGUGCCAGGGACGCUUCAGUACGCGCAGCCCGCUGGAGCUUCAGAUGCAGGAGGGCGAGCACACAGUGCGCGCCAUCAUCGAGCGCGUGCGGCUGCCAGUGAACGUCCUGGUGCCCAGCCGGCCGCCGCGCAACCCCUACGACCUGCACCCGGUACGGGAAGGCCACUGCUACAAGCUGGUCAGCAUCAUCUCCAAGACCGUGGUGCUGGGGCUGGCGCUGCGCCGGGAAGGCCCGGCGCCUCUGCACUUCUUGCUGCUCACCGACACACCGCGCUUCGCGCUGCCGCAGGGCCUGCUGGCCGGGGACCCGCGUGUCGAGCGUCUGGUGCGCGACAGCGCCUCCUACUGCCGGGAGCGCUUCGACCCAGACGAAUAUUCCACAGCCGUGCGCGAGGCGCCCGCCGAGCUCACCGACGACUGCGCCAGCCCGCGCCGCGCGCGCCUCUGCCUGCCUGCGCCGCGCGCCCCGGGGCCCGCGCGUGCACUCGGCCCGCCCCUGCCCGCGCCCUCCACAGACCGCGACCAGGAGGAGUACGUGAGCCCGGACUGGGCAGGUGUGCCCGAGCCCGCCGCGCCGCCCACCGAGAUCCCCUAUGAGGAGCUGUGGGCGCAUCAGGCUCCCGAGAGCCUCGCGGAGGGCCGCGCCCGGCCGCCCCCAGGGCCAGACCUCAUCUGUUUUGGAGCCGCGGGGUCUCCGCGUCGCGAGCCGGAAGCGCCGCCGCCUCCCGUCCCUCCCAAAUCAGAGGCGGUGAAAGAGGAGUGCCGCCUCCUGAAUGCACCCCCUGUGCCUCCCCGGGGUGGCAGUGGCCGGCUCUCAGGCAGCCCCCCUGUGCCGCCCCGCUUCCCCAAGCUGCAGCCUGUCCACUCACCCAGCUCCAGCCUUUCCUACUAUUCCUCUGGCCUCCAGGAUGGCACGGGUUCCCGCAAUGGCAGUGGCUCCCCGUCACCAGAUGCCUACUCCCUCUAUUGCUACCCUUGCACCUGGGGAGAUUGCAAGGUGGGCGAGUCCUCCAGCCGCCCACCCCCAGGUCCUCUGCCCUCCACAACCACACAGCCCAGCCAGGCCUCUAGGGCCCUUGCAGAGCCCCUGAGUGGUCGAGCCCCCUCCCUUUUGGGGGCUGACACCCCAGUCAAGACCUACCAUGGCUGUCCACCUCUGUUCAAGCCCUCCCACUCCCAGAGACGCUUUGCUCCCUUAGGAGCUCCCAACCCCCUCUCAGGGCCCACCUACCCAACAGGCCCUCCUGCCACUUCUUCUGGGCCCACAACCUCCUCCAGUGCCUUGGCUACCUCCAGCCCUGCACAUUCCCCAGGCCCAGCCUCCCCUGGCCAGGCCUAUUCAGCUGCUCCUCCCUCUUCUCCGUCAUCCUCUGAGUGGCAAGAACCAGCCCUGGAGCCUCUGGAUCCCUUCGAGCUAGGGCAGAGCAGUUCUCCAGAGCUCGGUUUGCUGCGCUGUCAGGAGCCCAGAGUCAUGGGAGCACCCGGGCCUGGACCCUGCCUUUCGCCACUUGGUCCCCCUAAAGCCUUUGAGCCAGAAGGUUUGGUGCUGAGGCAGGUCCCUGCCUCACUGUCACCAGCUGCUCUGCAGGGGCCUGAGGCAGGAGGAGCCCGACUCUUUCUUACCCCAGGGCGGAUGGAGGGUCCUCCUGCCAGUCCCCGGGAUGGAGCCCCAGGCUUUGGAGGCCGGGAUGCCCCCUCCUGGCAGCCCCCUGCAGACCUAUCUGCGCUCUCCCUGGAGGAGGUCUCUCGCAGUCUGCGCUUCAUUGGGCUCUCUGAGGAUGUGGUGAGCUUCUUUGCCCGAGAGCGUAUUGAUGGAAGCAUCUUUGUGCAGCUCAGUGAGGAUAUCCUGGCCGACGACUUCCACCUCACCAAGCUGCAGGUCAAGAAGAUCAUGCAGUUCAUCAAAGGCUGGAGGCCCAAGAUAUGAACUGCCCUGCCAGUCACUGCACUAUUGGAAUGCUGGCUCCGAGGCUCUGGGGACUAGUCGUGGGUCUGCCAGGGACAGAGCACUCUGAGAGGCAGGGCCUGCCUGUGGGAGAAUCUUUCCAAGACGAAGACUGAUCGGCAGCACUCAGAGUUACCAGGAGAGACACUUUGGGUGGUCUUCUGGGCUCAGAUCCCUGCAAGGGGAUAUCUUGCCUUUGUGCAGAGUAUAUGGGGAGGGGGUUGGAGGCACACCAUGUACCAGACCUGGUGAAGCAUUUGCUGUGAUUUUUAGUGGGGAGGGUGGUGGUGUGUCAAGAGGUGGCCUUCACAGUGAUGGGACACCUUCCCCUGCUCGGCAGCAAUCCUUCACAAUUACAUGCUUCUCAAACUUGUAGGUUCAGGUUAGAGAGAAGGGAAGAUGGCCCAUAAUUUAAGCACAAAUGCCCCAAGUGCCCGCUCUCCUAUGUGCUCUGUGGGUUUCUGGCCUGUGGCUGACCCAGUUAUGGGUGAGAUUUGUGUCUCUGGGAUGCCCUUCCUUCCCUUUGCUUUCCCAUGAUAUAGGUGCCUGGCCCUGAGCAUAGGUUCAAGUACAAGCCUGUGUCACAACACCUCAGAGGCUCCACCCCUGGGUUCUUGUUCUGGGUGACAACUUAGGAAGAGCACAGUUUUGCUGCUGACCUAUCUAGUUAGGGAGGCAGGUGUUCCCCAGUGGUUUCUAGCCCCAGCUCCUGCUCCUCAUCACAGCCAGCCAUCUGUCUUGUCAGGUAGACUUGUCUCUGAAGACUGCUUUGUGGAAGAGCAGGUGGAUUUCGGUCAGCUGCUCCUUCUUUCUAGAGGCAAGCAGUGGUCAACCACCCCACAUUCCUGCCAGUCUCCUGCCCCCAGCAUUGGGCUUUGAUGGACAUUUAGUGUCCUUCCCUGGUUUUCUGUUACUGGCAUAGGAAGUUAGUUGAGAGAAAGGAGGGUAGCUUUGGAAAACCUGCCUUUCACUCUUCCUGCUCGCCUUCAUGUACUUCAGAGCAGAUCUUUACACCGUUCGCUCUAGAGCCUGGUGACCUCCUUGGUUCCAGACCUCUGGGUCACUGUGUACAAGCCCAUGCCACCAACUUCACUGUCACCACAAUCUGAAGCACACUACUCCUAAUGUUCACUGGGUCAGAGCCCAUAGGCAGUAGCCUUCUUUUCUGCCUUACUGAGUCUGCCUAGAUAUUUAUUUCCUGGGUUUCUUUUUAUGAAUAGGUAAGCCAUGCUGCUGUCCCUUCUGAGGGAGGGAAGUCAGAAAAGAGCCCAGGAACAGAAACAUUUGGUUUUCUCACAGAUUGUUUUCGUGAAUCCUCAAGGACUAGUGAAAUAAAUGCUAGGCCCCUGGAGAUUAGUGCAAGUGGAAUUCUGGGUGUCAACAGCUUUCUUUUGGAGGGUCACAAUGACCAAUGGGCACCAUGCACAUGCUUCCAGGCAAGAGAUGGCUUUGGGAUGGUGUGUGGAUGUAGUCUAUUCAUAUGUCCCCAGAGGCAGCUGGCAGCAGCCUUUACUCCCUUUUGCAAGCACCUCACCGGCUGCUGCCCUACAAGAACCCGCCAACUCCUACUGAUUGGACAUAAUUUACACCCACCUGGUGCUAUUGAUAGAAAAGACCCAGAUGUCAAAUCUGGGCUCAAGUUCAUAUUUUUGCAUUAUAGGCAUCUGAGGCUCUCAGAUCCUCACACACAGAAAGCUGUUCAUGGGCUAGAUGGCACACACCUGUAAUUCCAGCAACUUGGGAGGCUGAGGCAGGAGGAUCUCAAGUUCAAAGCCAGCAUCAGCGACUUAGUGAUGCCCUGGCUCUACAUAAAUUAUAAAAAGGGCUGGGGAUGUGGCUCAGUGGUUAAGUGCCCCUGGGUUUGAUCCCUGGUGCCAAAAAAAGAAAAGAAUAAGAAACCUGUUCAAGGCCUUGGUACAGAGGAUCAAGUCUGUCUUCUACUGGUCAUCCAGAAAUCCCAACUCAAGAGAUAACUGUUGUAUGGUUUGCCUUCCUAGCAAAUAGCAACCAGUAUUUAGUAGAGUUGAAGCUAAACUUCACACUUGCCAGUCCCACCACCUGAGCUGGGACUAGGGAAAUGCUUUAAGUACUUGCGAAUGGAGCAGAGUGGGCAGUAUCUGAGUUUAGAAUGCACUGAGUGUUAUGGGACUUGAAUUAGGAUUCUGCACACACUUGGUAACUCAGUGUGGAUCUUUCUGCCAGACCCAGUUAGGAGCCCAACACUGUUUAUCCAACUGGGCACUACUGCCAGAACACAAGAGUGAGAACCCAGCACACCAGGGACGGGGGUGGGGAGAGAUGAGGUGAUAGCAAUGGGGGAGGCUGCGGUCUUUGCUGCUACUCGGCCACCUCUCACCUCCAUGCAGGCAUCUUUCAUCUUCCCUGGUGUGGGCCAGCACAUGCAGGACUCCUGCAUUGGAGAAAUGUCAUCUCCUCUGUUUAACUCUGACAUUGCCACAAACAUGCUGAGAAGCAAUCAUGCAUGAGGCAUACCAGGAAAGGAAACGGGUACCAGCAUACAGUGAGGAGAUCCAGUUUGUGGAAAGUCAUACCUUUUGCAUCCUGGCACACCAUUCCUCUUAUAAUCCUGCUGCUCUCAGUACCCAGGGUCAUUUCCCCUGUGAGCAGCCCUGUCAAAGCAUUUAAGCAGUUAAGCUUAAAUGGCUGUGGGCACAAAAAGUCCCACUUUCUGGUAUCACAGUCUCUCUCAAGCAGAUGCCUAGAACUCCCCCAGUACCCUCCUACUCCAAAGGGACAGGGCUUUAUUCCAGCUCAUGUCCUCAAGAAGGGCUUGAGCCAGAAGGGCAAAGACACAAGAAAAAGAACCAAACCAAGCGGGUGAUAGUUUGGUUUUUACUGUUGUUCUGUUGGGCUGGGUACAGAAAUGCUCUCGCCACCACUAGCCACCACUGGCCUCCUGGGAGGAACAGGCAACAAAAGUGGCUCUGGAUGGCUCUUAGCUGCUGAUUUGGGCUUCAGGGUUUAGAAAAGGCGCACAGUGGGUUCCACUUUCCAAUAUGAAGUACAAACUCUAAUUCAUAGUCAGACUUCACCAGGAAGGAGAUGGUCAGAGCUGAAGGCACUUUAAUUUAUGAGCAAACUCAAGACCAGGCUUGGUUUUCCUUCUGCUUCCUGAUACACCCAGAUGGCACUUUUGAAGCAGCGCUGCUGGCAGCUGGGUUAGUGCACUGAUGGAGCAGGGCGGGAGGGCCUGCUCACUGGUAGAACUUCUUACUGGGACUGUUGGCGUGGUCAAUGAGCAGCUGGCAUGGGGUGAACUGUUUUCCAUAGGCAGCUUCAUACUUCCGGAGCCGGUCCACUAUCUUCUGAGCACCAUAUAGAUCCACAAAACGGAAGGGACCUGGACAGAGAAACAGGACUUUAUUGAAAGAGGCAGCAAUGAGAGCACCAGGAUGAAGGGAGACUUGCCAGCCCGCAGACGAACCUCCGAGACAAGGGGGGAAGCCAAGGCCAAAGACUGCUCCGAUGUCUCCCUCUGCAGGUGUGGCCAAGAUCCCUUCCUGUAGGCAUAGCACUGCUUCAUUCACAAAUCUUGUCACCACACGGUACUGGAUGUCUUCAUCAGAGGAGCUGCCAACAUGAAGAGACAGUUAGGCAGAGGAACAGGGAGGCAAGCAGAGCUGGGGUUGAGUAUGAAGUGUGGGUGGGUGCUGGGAGCCCUGUGGCCAGGCAGGACCAAACCUCUCACUCUGCAGAGAAGUCAGCCUGGGAGGCCCAGGCUUUCCCUUGGAAAAAAGGGGUGUUACUUGUCCUAAGUGAUAUGAAACUGAGCACCCAUGAGGGUCUGGCACAAGGGGAUAAUCAAGUGCUCACAAGUGAUAAUCAAGAGCUGGGAGGAUGAAGGAGCCAAGAUGACCACCCUUCCAGCUGCUCUCUGGACCUUCCCAGGGAAGGCUAGUGCAGGCAGGGCCUCUGCCAGGCUCCACCCACUCUCACCUGAUGUCUGCAAGACUGAGGGCAUGUGUAAGGGCUUCAUGCCUAGAAAGCCUGUGCCAGCUUCAGGAGCAUUCUCUUGGUUCAGGUGAGCAUAAGGGAAAUAGAACAGGGGCCAGGAAGCUUUGGGCUGUCAGAAAUGUAUGUUUCCUUGCCCUGAGCCACUCAAACUGACUUACACCUCGGGCUUAGCAGGAAGCCUCAGACUUGCAAAAAUAGUAUCCAUGUCAGAAUUCAAACUCUUAUUCUUUGAGCCCUCCUGAUAAAUGUAAAAGCCUUUCCCAGAUUUGCGACCUAAAAGAAGAAAAGAAGAGGCGGCAUCACUACUUGUUCUCCCAGCCCUGGCCACGAGUGCCUGUCUCUGCUACCUGCUGUAAAGCUCCAGUCUUUUCCCUGCAUCCAGCUCACCCUGAAAUUCUAUCUUUAUCAGAAGAGCUGACAGAGAAGGAAGGAAGAUCUUGUGAUUUCUGGAGCUUGGAAAUCUGUAUCUGCUUGAAAAGGCUGCUCAGAUGAGCUUUCAUGUCCAGAUAUGUAACACCAGGCCCCAGGAGGCAAGGCCUAGCAGAGAUGUUGCUAUUUCCACAGAUGUAGCAGAGGUAGAACAGAAAUGCCUCUUGGACCUGGUAGUGGCAGAGACCUAGAAGUCUAGACCUUUUUUUUUUUUUUUUUGGUGGUACUGGGGAUUGAACCCAGGGAUGCUCUACUACUGAGCUAUAUCCUCCAUCCUUUUUACUUUGAGACAGGGUCUUGCUAAGCUGCCUGGGCUGGUCUUGAAUUUGUAAUUCUCCUCCCUCAGCCUCCGAAAGCUGCUGAAAUUACAGAUGUGCACCACCACAUCUGGCUUUCUCUCUGUCUUUUGUCUGUAAUUUAUAGGACUAGGUGCCCAGGAAAUCAUUUUUGAAACUCCCUAUGACCAGGCUUGAGUGUUUAAGAAACACUCUUCCCUGUGGGCCUUCAGUGAUUCUAUGUUCUCAAGACCAUGCUCAGAACUUUGUAACUAAUGGCGCCAGUCAUGUUUCCUUGUGCCUACUCACCCAGGAAGCCCUUGGACACCAUCUGGUUCAGCAGCUCUGGGCUUCCACCUCCAAACCGCUCCCCAAAGGCUUUGCCCAGAUCUUCUGCCACAUGUUUCGCUACAUCCACACCAACUUCAUCCGCCAGGGUAGCAGCACCCACAGGAAAGCCAAAGCCUGUGGUCAGGGAAUCCAGCUUCUUAGGGUCAACUCCUUCCUGAAUAGGAAGUGAAGCAGGGGCCUCAGGGAAAGGCCAUCUCAGAUCCUUCCCCAACACACACAGAAGGACUCCCUCUGGCUAGCCCCAGGUAUAGCCUUGUGCAAAAUUUCUCUGGGUUUUACCUGGCUAUGCCCAGGACUGGCACUCCAUGCAGGGAAGCACAGGUGGAAAGUGUGCAACUUCUUGAUCUAUAGCACUUGAAGGAAGUUUAGAGAUUAACAAAUUAUCUACUUCCUUCCAUGUUUGCAAUUCUGAAUCUCAAUACUAAGAAGAUGCAACAGGUGACAAGGCUGAGAGCACCAUGACUGUAAAAUACAUCAGUAUUGCCAAGGAGCAAUGCUGCAGAGCGCUGAGAUUCCUGUUUGGGCAAGUGUCUAAGGGAGCAGAGUUCAAACUCUGCCCAUUUACUGUGGCCUACAUGACUUCCACUCCUGCACAGAGACGGUGGGUACAAAAGGGCCUCCUGAAGAAGCAGCAGGAGUUAGUGUACUCAGAGGAGCCUUGUACCUCCUGUUGACAUCUUCAGUUUGGAGACCUGAGUGAAGGAGUGGAAGAGGCCUCAAAUGCUCCACAAAGUAAUACCCACCUGGAGGAUUCGUAUGACUUCAGACAUCAUGGGUGCAAGACACCUGGUGGUGUAGAAGCCAGGUCCAUCCUGCAAGGGAAAGAAGGUGAACUCAUUGUCUGCUUUUGACUGGAACUACUCAUGUCCGAGAAGUCUUGCUUUCCCAGCUGUGAUUUCAAAGUUUAAGGGAAUUUAAAAUCUCAAUGAGAGUCUUUAAUAUUAAAUUGCAAAGAAAGUUAUUCUGGGAUAGUCUGGCACAACAAAUUGUUCCAUGGUCACCUUCAAGGCCUGGAAUGAGUGGGAGGAUCCUGUCAUAUUCCAGAAACAACCAAGGGGACAGCAUUAUCUGAAACUGCUAUAUUUGCUCCAGAAAACAGUUAUCAAGUCUGGAGGUAUAGGGAGUCCUUUUAGAACUUUCAAAUGUGUUGUAAAAUCCCAGCUCCUCACCUUGACCACAAUGAUGACCUUCCCUUGCUUGAGACCAACUGCUACAGCAGAAGCAGUUGUGUCCUUGGAUGUUUUCUCUGUUGUGAUGAUCUCUAGUAGCUGCAUCUUGUCCACAGGAGAAAAGUAGUGCAUACCAAUCACCUGGCAAAGAGAGCCAAAGCCAACAGAUCUACAAAUGCUGAGGAGGGAACCUGACACCUUCAUUUUUUGUUAGAAAAAUAAUGGAGGGAAAGGUGAAUGUGAUAAGGAAUACUGCUGAUAGUUAAGUCAUGUAGUUCCAUGGAUUUCUGAUGAGAGGUACAGUAUGUUUAAGGUGAGCUAACCAGAAUCCUCCUCUUCCAUUUGUUUCUAAGGAUAUCUGUGUCUACCAACAAUCAGUGCCAAAGUCACAGCUAAAGGCCAAACUAGAUUUACUGGGGAAGAAUGGAUGAAGAUUCCACUUAUAGUAAUGAUGAUGAUGGUUUAGGUGAGAGGUCCACAUUUUAUGGGGAAGGGACAGGCAGAAGCAUUGGUUAAUAUGCUGGACUGUCAGAGAUGUAUUUGCAUUUUACAUAGAUGAGUCUUACCACUAGGACUCUAAGCUUAAGAAACACUUCUGCACAAUCCUAUGCACCUGUAGACUCAUUAAACCAGUGAUUUUCACAGUGUAGUACCCAGAUCCACCAUCAUUAACAUCACCUAUGAACACCAGAAGUAUGGAUUCCAAAGUCUAAGCCAGACCUACUGAAUUAGAAAACUCUGAGGGUGUGGUCUGGAUCUGUGUUUUAAUGAAUCUUCUCAAUGAUCCUGAUGCAUCCUACCAUUUUAUUUAUUUUUGUGGCACUUGGGAGAGAACCCAGGGCCUCAUGCAUGCUGGGAAGGGACACUCUACUACUCCCCAGCCCUUUCUAUUUUUUAUUUUGAGACAGGGUUGCUCAGGCUGGCCCUGAGCUUGCAAUUCUCCUGCCUCAAUCUUCUGAGUAGUUGGAAUGACAAGUGUGUGCUACCAUACCCAGUCUUAUGCUAACAUUUAAAACCGUCUCAGAAAGCUAACAAUUUGAUGGGCUUCAAAACAAAACUGUGCAAGAAGUCUAAUUCAUUAAUUUACAGUUCUGCUUUCUCUCUCCACUUUAGUUACUAGUUACAACUAAUAAUACCUACUAUUUUAAUCCAUUUAUCAUUUAUUUCUAACAUUUAAUCCAUUAUAACUCUGUGAACUUGUCAAGUUAUCUAGAUGAGGAAAAAAGGCAUCAUGAGGUUCAAAUCAGUAGCUCAGGGUCAGUUAAUAAAUAGCAGGGAGGGAUGCCAUCACCGGUCAGCUGUCCCUGAAGUCUGACCACUGAUCUUUAUCAAUUAAAUGUUAUCUACACUUAUCAAUCCAAAAGUUUCUUCUAUACUCUGAACUGUUCUUUUACUUUGGUCUAAAAUACUUAGGUGCUUCUGCACCAGCCUUUUCAUGUCCUGGGCAGAAGGUCUAAUCAAAGCCAUGGGUAGACACAGGCCACCUUACCCCUAUCAACCUAUUCUAAACAAUUACUAGACUGCUCUGUAGCCAAAUGGAUAUUUUAUUCUUAUUUUAGGGCCUAUCCUUCAAUGUCUAAUUAGAGGAUAAAGGAUGAAAACCAAUACCAAUUAGGAUGCAAAUAACCAAUGUACGUAUAUUUAGUUGUACUUCACUUAUUACUGUACCUUACAUUGGUCAUGGCCUAACUUUCCUGUGCCCAAUUUUUGGGAAUCACUCCUCCACUUCAUAAUCCAAACUGUGAUUUCUCUUAUUUAUAUUCUAAGCCUUUCAUCAGUGAGUCUGAAGCAGUAAAACAUUUCAGGGUUUUUCUCUGUUCAGAGAUUACCUUCUCAGGUCUUUUGCUGACAGCAGCAAUUUCAUUGAUUGGGAGAGCAGAUGUGUUACUGGCAAAGAUACAGUGAUCUGGAAUCACCUGCAAGGGAAAAGCAUUUAAGAAUGUGUCACAUAGGCCUGGAGAUGACAGAGUCUGUAGCAAAGCUAAGAAGGGUCAGGUGGGCCAGGCCCACCCUCUUACCAUAAGGCUCAGACAACAAACAGCACUCACCCAGACAUUUCAGAUCACCCAAGCUUUUGUUUUGGGGAAUGUGUUGACCUUAUUCUUUUUCCUGUUCAGUCUAGAUAUGGUCUAUCAUAAGGUCCUGACCUGGAGAGUAUAUCUCAGCAGUUGAAUAAAUAAGAUGUCUUAGAUGCAGGCUGCUGGUAGCUCAGUGGCACAGCACUUGUUUUGCAUGUGUAAGGCCCUGGGUUCAAUCCCUAGCAUCUCAAAAGAAAAGAAAAAUCCUUAGAUACUAACAAGAUGGUCUUAAAUCAAAUUUCAUUUAUUUGAAGACUCAGCAUGGAUUCAACACCUCUUCUUAUUGGGAUCUGUCCUCAAGUCUGAAAGCUUAUGACAUCCUCCACUCCUGCCUUGACCUUUAAAAAAUGAGACAUACAUGCAUGCCUAGCUCAUUUUUUUAUAGUGUAUUAAUAAAAAGUGGUAUAUCACUACAAUUAUAUCCACAGUACAUGAACACUGUGGACUUUAUUAGCCUGGAGGAUAAUCUCUAACACAGCAUUCUGUCUCUGAUCCAAACUUAUUCUUUUUUUUUUUAAAUAUUAUUUUAGUUGUAAAUGGACUCAAUUCUUUAUUUUAUUUGUUUAUUUUUAUGUGGUGCUGAGGAUUGAACCAGGGCCUUAUAUGUGCAAGGCAAGUGCUCUACUGCUAGCCACAGCCCCAUCCUCCAACUUAUUCUUGUUUUAAUUCAAAUGCUUGGGUGAAAAACAUGGAAGAUGCACCUGUUAAAUUUGCACAAGUCUGGGAUUGGCAGGAUCAAAAUAUCAGAGAUGAGAAUUAAGGCUGCAGAUAGGUUAACAUACCAAAAAGAUGAGUAUAAAAUAAGAUCAAUUAUGACAGAGAUAAAGAUAAAGUAUUGCAUUAAGAUUCAAAAAAAGGAAAAGAAAAAGAAAGAACUCUAUAGGCACACGAGGGAAAAGACCUGGGUUGGCAGUAAACCUGUGAUAAAGAUCCCAUGAUUUUAGUUAAUUGAAAGUGGAAUGAGACUUGACAGUAUGGCAUGACUAAGUGAGCUGUCUCAAAAUGUGUCAUUAGUGUCAAGUACUGGCGGAAAAAUCCUCUAGGAAGAGCAAACUAAUGUCUCCAAAAUGGCUGGCAACAGUCUCAAUUUGUAGUGUAAUGGUUACCACUCUCGCCUCACACAAAAAUGGCUGACAACAAUUCUUCCUCUCCUGGGACAUGCUUAGCUGUGGUCCUGCCUCAUGUCCAGAUUACUGCCAUCUCUCUCUUUCUAGGCUCUUUCUUGAUACCACCACCAAGGACUCCUAUUACUCAUGUCAUCCUGUCUCAGAGCAUUUGGGAGAAGGAUCAGAGUAGCAUUUCCAUGAACACGCAUUUGACUCCUGCCUGGAGUCCUUUGCUGCCUAGAAGAAAUUUGGUUAUCACUCGAAGCCAACCAAAAUCUCAAAACAUCUGGCUAUAUAAUUCCAUCAAGUUAUUUGUAUUUUGAGUGAUGAUCUCUCCUCAUAAAUAAAGCCAAUGAACCCUGUGUUUAGGUUAAUAAGCUAUUUAAUUUUCUUCCCUUAUGAUUUAGAUCUGACCUUUCUACCAUGGAGAGUUCCUGAGCUCACACAAAAACUUAUGUCUAGGGGCUCGGGUUAUGGCUCAGUGGUGGAGUGCUUGCCUAGCACAUGCGAGGCACUGGUUUUGAUCCUCAAACCACAUAAAAAUAAAUAAAGUUGUUAGUCCAUCUAGUGCUAAAAACAUUUUUUAAAAAACCAAUUAAAAAAAAAAACCCUAUGUUUGGAAACAAAUAGUGCUGUAUAGAGAACCACGAGUUUCACACUAGUUCUUUAAAAAUCCCUCAGUUUCCCCACUCAUUCCACUAGGGUCCAAAUGUGUCAAGCCUCUUACUUACUGUUUCUACUUCCUUUAGUACUUUGUGCUUAACAUUGAGGUCCUCAAAAACAGCUUCAAUCACCAUGUCGACCUUUUCAAAACCCUGGUAAUCAAGUUGCCCAAUCAAGUUGCUAAAGAUGGAAUCCCUUUCAAAUGAUGUUAGAGCUUUCUUCUUCACUUUGUCGUUUAAUCUAGACAAAAAGAAAGGAGAGUGGCAUUUAUUGAGUGUCCACGGGCUACAGUGUCACUGUGUGUUUUUUACAGCUCUGUGAAGGAGUUAUUUUAUUACCCCCAUCUUGAGGGGUAAUAGCUCAAAGAAGCUCGGAGCUUCUUUUAUGGCUAGUUAAGAUAAGGUAGCUUUCAAAAACCAGCUGACCCCCAAGUGCAUAUACUUUCAAUACAAAAUAACCUCUAAAUGCCCAACUUACAUUAACUGUAUCCCUCAUAAAACAGUUCAAUUUGCCAGGAGGAGUAAAUAACUCAAAUAUGAGAAUGGCAGAACAGAAGAGCAACUGUUUUAAUUCUCUAACUAAACCACCUGGUUGUCACACUGGUUGUCAUCACUCACAGUGUUCUCUACCUGUAAUCUUCUAGAGGAAGCCUUAGGUGGUUCUCUUCAAUCCCCUUCUCGCUCAGCACCUAGUAGCUCAUUGCAUUUAUCACAUAAAACAUUAACUCAAGGUUUCUCCCUUUCCAAAGGCAGCUACAAAGGAUUCCUGCUACUCAGUGUAUUUUAUUGCCAAUGAAAACAGACUCUUUUAGAUUUAAUCUAACCACACAUUCAGAAUAAAUAACCUAGAGCUUUCCUCUACUGAAGUAUAAAGCUAAAUUCCAUUCACCAAUUUCUGUAACCAACAGAAAAACAAAGCCACAGAUAAGUUAAAAGAUAUAUCAAAUUAAGAUCUUGAAUGUAUGGGCUCAAACCUCUUGGUUUCGUUUCUUUCUUCCUUUUUAUCACUAAGCCACAUCCCCAGCUCUUACUGCCAAUAAAUUGGGAGGGGACAGGAAUGAUGUCCCAAGUCACUUGCAUGGUGAGUGAGCCUUGUCAGAACCUGAGGUUUCUGAGAUGAAAAGUAAAGCUGGGAUGGCUGUACCCAGACAGGUCACAGAAAGAAGCUAUCAUAGAGCAACAAUUUCUCUUUUUGGUGACUGUAUUAAAUGCUGUGUGGGGAUACUUGUUUACAAGUUUCAGAGAAAUGCUGCUAUUUCUCUAGCAUACACCAUUUUUUUUGUGUGUGUGGAGGGUCAGAAUCUUUUAUUACAAUUCCUUUUUAUCUUACAAUAAGCUCCCAACAGGUCCUAGCAUUAGGGUAGCAGUGUAUGAACUCCUGUACAAAUGUUAACAAUGUGCUUCAGCUACAUAAAUCCAUUUAAGAAACAAAAAAAGCUCACUCAGCUAAAAGUCACUAGCAGGACGGUCUAAGUGCAGCCAGCUUGUCCAUCAUGCUUGAGCAGCACACAGUGCUGAGACCAACCCCAGGUUGGCCAAGCUGCUGCUGCAUAUCCCCUCAGCAAAACUGGCGGUACGUGUGUGGGGUGAGUGGGCAGGUAGGGAGGGGGAGAAUAAGCCACCCUUGUCAAUUCAGAGUAAGACGGAGACACAGUCUGCAAAGCCUCAGCUGUUAGGGACUCAGCAGGAAAUGGCUUUGCCUUGUCAUGACAGUCAAGAAAGACAAGGCCCAAGAGUCUCGACUGGUCUGGCUUUUACCUGCACAUUCCCUCACAUCCCAGCCUCAGCCCUCUCAACAGAGAUACUGUCCUGCUGGUUUAGGAAGCCAUUACACAACAGCAACUACAUGUAAACUGCAGUAAAACCCACAGGCCUGAGGAUUUCUAGUCUGACACCAAAGCAUAAGAUAAACGGCAUUUAAAAAUACGAACUAACCGAGAAAACAAAACAAACAAAAUAUCUACUGGAAAAGGUUUUCCCUUUGGCACUCAAAGACUACAGAUUCCAGAGAUGUUAAAGUUCAUGCUACCUUGAAGUGCAAGAAGGAAUUAGUGUUUCUAAAAAUCAAAGAAAAUGUAACUUAACUAUGGAGUAUUAUGUGUUCAGGGCAAAGGAAUCUCUGAUGACAAACCAUACCCCCAAACCAAGAUACCAAAAACCCCGUAAAACAUUUUUACUCCUUGCAAAAACAGAGAGCAUCCUUACCCUUUGAACACUUGUUGCUGUCCCCGUCCCAGUCCAGCUACCGUAGUGUCUUUAAGAAGGGUCUUCAGCCCCUUGUCCACGGAGACUUGGGCGAUGCCAGCUCCCAUAAGCCCUGCACCAAGAAUACCUAAAUGCCUGAAAGCAAAGGAUGAAAUGAUUCUGGGAAAGAACUCUUACUUGUUUCAGUAAAAGUGGGAGGUUGCCCAAGUUAUCAUCCAAUAAACUAACUCAAGCAGGGAACUAUGAGGUGCUUUAAAUAUUUUUUACCUAUACAAAUACAGUUUUAAUAAAUAAUUGAUUUUUAAAGUGAAAUGCAAACAUCUUUUGGGUCUAAAAGAACAGGUCUUCCCAGAACUAUACUAAUUCCCAAUAGUGCCUGAAGAUCAUGGAAAAUGACACCACCCCUCCUAAGCCUAAACCAACAUGGAUAUUUUAGUUUUUUGAACAAAGGCCAACUGGCAGUGACAUGUCUGAAGACUAACUAUUUUUUACUUGUUAAGCAGUGAUUUGUUAGUGAUUUUACCAUUUUCCAGCCGUCUUUCAUUUCUCCUGAUAUGUGGGCCUCUCUUGCCCUUCACCUGGAUGAGUUUUGAAGAUCUCAGCUAAAAGUCACUAGCUGAUCCAGGUCCUCCCCUCUCCGGUGCCUCUACAGGUGCACAUCCCUACCUUUUCACCCCUGAUUCCUCUUGAACUUGUUAGGACCACUUGAUUUAUUCCAGUGUAUUCUGCAGUGGCUUCAUGUACAAGCUCACUGUUUCCUCAAAUAAAUUCUAAGCUUUCUGAAGACCAGAAAUCAUGUGUGAUUAUUUUCAGUUCUCCAUAGUUCUGGAACAAUAUGCCAUAUUACCACAGUAAACAACUUAAAAAAAAUUAAAGAAAUACUUCCUUCAUUAAAGAACCCUAGACUUAUAGUUCUGUAGAUGUAAAUUAGAGGUGAAAUGAGGGGUAAAGUUUCAUUCCUAACCAUUCUGGUUAUAAUGUUAGAAAGUUAUACUGGAGGGCUGAGGCCGUAGCUCAGUUGGCAGAGCACUUGCCUAGCAUGUGUGAGGCCCUGGGUUUGAUCCUUAGCACCACAUAAAAAUAAACAAAUAAAGGCAUGCUGUCCAUCUAUGACUAAAAAAAAAAAAAAAAAAAAAAAAAAACAAA